AUUUGGCUCAGGCAGGUCCACGCCCAUGAUCCCAUCCAACUAUUAAACUCGGCCUCCCGAACCGGCGCGCGCUGCACACACCUCCGCGGUCCCGUUGACCUCAAAUAUCCCAAAGUGUACAAGCUCCCCGUCAAAGCCAGGUCCAGUCCAGGUACAGACGACGAUGACUUCCACAUCGACACGGCUGGCCCUCGCUAUGAGGGCCUCGUCACAAACGACAAUCGGCGGCGGCGGCAGUGGUAGACGGCAGUGCUGGGAGUGCCAGCGCCGGCGGCUGGUCUGCGAUUCAGCGCGUCCCGUCUGCUCCAAAUGCAAGAUCAGCGGCGUGGUGUGUCCCGGGUACGAGGACAAGAAACCGCUGACCUGGCUGGCCCCCAACAAGGUCAAGACACGGACGUGGAAGCGCAAGGGUGGUGCUACAGCUGCUGGAGGCGACGCCGUCUCGAAGAGCCAAGCCGGCAGCCAAGAGAAAGACGACGUUCUAAGACUCGCAGCCAGUGCAAAGCAGCUGGUCCACAUCUUUCCCGGACAAGAGUUGCGAUCGGAGACGUGCGAUAUCAUUGAGGCCACUCUCUACUGGAACGAACAAGUCUACCCGUCCUUCACCUCGAACCAGCUGGCCCAGAGCCCCUGGAUCAUACCCGUGAUCUACGUCCACUACAUGAAGCCCUGCAUCCAGCACGCCCUGGUCGCCAUGGCCAUCGAGCACCGCAUGAUGCGCAUGUCGCAGCGGACGAACGACCCGUUCGUGGCCGAGGUGCGAGCCAGGGCGUGCCAGCACCGCUCCACGGCGGUCCAGGCCUUGAACAGAGACAUCGCGCUCGAGCAGAUGUGCUCCUCGGACUUUACAUUGUCCAGCGUCAUCGUCUUUCUCUACGGUGAUCAGCUCAUGGGAUCCGCGACGGCGUCCAACUGGCGCUUCCACAUCAAGGGAUUCACAGCCUUGAUCGCUCUGCGCGGCGGCUGGGAGAGCGUGUGUCAAAAGACACCUCAUUUGAAAGUCCUGGUCCUCUUCUGUAAAAUCGUCGAAAACUUUGCCAACACAACCAGCCCAGCAGACGACCAGAUGUCACCCGUCUCCAACUUCGAGCUGCGGGAUCUUUGCGAAGACGUGUUCGGAACGGGCUACUACCCGUUUCUGCCGUGUCCCGCGGAGCUGUUCAUCGACAUCAUCCGAGUCAACCGCCUCCGCUUCCUCGCAACGCGCCAACCCGAUGAUGAUGAUGAUGAUGACCAGGACACCGCCGCGUCGAUCCGGUCCGAGGCGGAAGAGCUGCUCACCAAGAUCACCGACUUCUCGCCCGAGGCCUGGUCCGAGACCAAAGAGGACUCGAAGGAGGGCUACCUCACGAUGGCGCGGGUCUACCAGUCCGCCGUUGUGCUCUUCGCUAUCUCGUCCCUGCGGAGCGCCGGCGCCGUGGCCCCCUGCUCGGCCGGAUGGACGGCCGUCGCGAGGAUACACCGCGGCCGGCUGUUCUCGCUGCUCGAGACGACGGCCGCCUCGCCGCCGCUGAGGAGCUGCACGGCGUGGCCCAUCAUCGUGGCCGGCUUCGAGGCCAAGAGCGUCAGUCCGACGGCCCGGGCGUUCAUCCUCAAUCGGCUGGACGAGGAGAGCCGGGACCUGGGCGUGUAUUUGCCGCUGGCGGCAAGGAAAGUGCUCGAGCGGUUCUAUUCUUCUUCCGGGACUCGUUGGGAUGACUGUUUUGAUAGCCCUCAUGCACUGUUCACUUGAAUGGGGUGAUCGUCUGAGGGACUGGCUGGGGUAUUUGGGGUGGUGAGCGGUUCCGAUAUAUAUAUAUCAGUGACGCUUCGGAAUCCCAUUUUUACAGAGUCUCUCUCUUGUAUUGUAGCAUUGCGUUUCACAUAGGCGAAUCCGACUCUUCGAAACCUCUGAUCAUACUGUCGAAGAAGGCAGCGUCGACGCCUUGGAACGGCCAGUCUUCCAGUCCGGCCGAGAUCCCGGAGCCCAUCCACCGGGGGUUCCCGAGUCCGGACAGCCAUGUCGGAUCGGCAUUCUGGUCGAGCUGCAAGCCUGGGUUUCCCGACACGUCCAUCAUGGCGACAGAGUCGUCUCCCAGUGCUGGUGCGCCCGUCAGAACAUUAGGCUCCGAGGACGUGGCGUCCUCCCCUCUCUGCGUCUCCGGAAAGACCGGUUGUCGAGUUCGGUCGGACGGCACCCAGG